GAACGCGUCGCCAGUCUCGCGUCAUCACUCGGCCAUGUAGCUAGCUAGCAGCAGCUCGCAGCGGAGACUCUGGGAUGGCAAGCCAAGAGGACACUGUUUCAGAGUACCUGGAGCAGAACCCACAGCUGGCCCAGUGGGUCCCCACACUCAGGACCUACUGUGAGAGUGAGAAGCAGUGGGCUGCCCGCAGAGAGUUCAUCCUCAGGAACAUGGAGGCUUUCCCCUCACUGGAGCCCGGAGUGUCCAGCAGCAGCCUGGACAAGCUGCUGUCUCUGUCCGUGGUCUGGGCCAAUCACGUCUUCCUCGGCUGCAGCUAUCCACAGGCUGUGAUGGACAAGAUCAAGGAGAUGGGAGAGGGGAUCGUGGUCAAAGAUGCUCCAGUUCGCAAAACGACAAAAGAUGGGAUUCUUUCCAGAGGAAAGCGGAGUGCCACAGCUGAGGCUGACGCUGAGGGCGCUGUGAAAAGAGCCAAAUGUGGAUCUAAUGAGCUCGACGGCCGAGCUGCUCCGUGGCCCGGGAGUCAGAAGUCAGGACCUAGUCCACAGGCUCCAGCAGAGCACCAGCCCUUCUUCAACCGCCUGUACAAGGCCGUGGCCUGGAAGCUGGUGUCGGCGGGGGGCUUCGGUCCGAACCUGGACCAUUUUGAAAUUCUCCGCAGCUGCGUGGAGUCGUGCAAAGAGACCCUGACCUGCGUGUUUGUGCCGCUGAAGGACAUCGAGGGCCUCCCCGCGGGACGCACGCAGAAGGAAGGCCACGUGUGCGAGAUCCGCUGUCAGAGCGUCUACAUGGGGACGGGGUACGGGCGGGACGAGUCCGCCGCCAAGGCCAUGGCUUCCAAAGAGGCCCUCAAGGUCUUUCAGGGGCGAAAAGUGACAGUAAAGAUCUGCAGGCGGAGGUUCAAAGGGAAAGACGUGGAGGACUUGAUGUUGUUGGACGAACAGCCUCGGAGUCAGGGCUUCCCUCCCGCAAUCAGCUACCCUUUUGAGGCCGAGCAGCAGGAAGAGGGUUCCUCGUAGAGCAGACGGUUUGGGACGUUUGACCUACUGGAAGCAAAGACAAGUGACGUCGACUUACCGGAGCUACUGAAGGAGUUCAUAAGCGUGUUCGAGGACCAGGCUGUGAUGCAUUUUACACAAUGAAUGGUGUCAUAAUGCAGGUGGCACGUUGUUAGAGAAACGUCUCAGAUCACCACAACAAGCAGAAUGGAUCUUUAUACUGUCCCGACUACAUUUACAACCGCUUUCAGUUUUAUUGACAGUGUGUGAAGUCAAACAGCCAUAAACUGGAAAAAAGAAGCUCAAUCAGCAAAACAGUUUGAACAGUUUAAAACAAAUAAAGGAUUAAAUAUCACCUGAGUGUUGUCGGAGGAAGUUUCACAUUAAGAGUUUAUGUGAUUAUUUUUCACAACAGAGUGCUUUCGGCCAUAAUACUAGGAGUAGUGUGUAUAUAUAUAUACUGCUCCCCUUUGUUCAUUCCUACCGUGACGGGUUUUAUCCAACACCACCUGACUUACUGUUGCUUUCUGAUUGGUUCAGAUUCCCACAGCUCGGUUAGGAGGGAAUAAAAAGACAAACCGAUAACUUGUUUUUUUACAGUUUUGAUUAUCUGUCACUUUGUCAGGCAGCAGGAUACAAAAACUAAAACUAAUACGGUCACUGUAACUUUUUAUAGUUCUGAUUGAUUUGCCUUUAUUGUUCACACCAGUGAAGAACACAAACAUAGAUGAAUAUGAGGAAUAAGUCCAGACGUUAUUUUUUUAUUUUUACAAAUGUGCUAACCUUUGCGUUUUAAGUUUUGUUUCUGUAUCAGGUUGCGAUUGCAUUCUCGUUUCUACUGACCCAAAUAUUCAUUUAACGAUAAUUUUUCUACUUUAAAUAAAAAAAAUAGUGAUUUCAAUCAAAGUAUUGCUACAACAAAUUGACUUACUGGUUUGAGUUUUUUUAUUACAGUAUGUUUAAGGAGGCAAACCACAGUACCCAUUAAACUGUACACAGAAGUACUAAAUGCUACUGCUUUUAUUUUAUUUCAUUAUUUAACUUCAUUGAUUUAAAAAAUAAGCUGAGACCCACACAAUGUUGAAAUGUAUUCGAGUGUCACAAUCCAGAAAGAUUCCUCUGAGCUCAGUUUGAUGCAGAGAGCACGGUGCCGGUGUGUUUGAGGGUAAAGUGCUGCUGUGACGUGUGAUUCAUUUUAUUUUAAUUCUUUUUUGGGGGUUGAAGGUGAACAGGGUUGUGAGUGUGAGUUCCACACGGUUCCUGUAUGUUACUGUUCGUUUACACCAGUGGUUCUGUUUCUAAAUAUAUUUUUAAAUAAAGAAAAUAAUUUAA